GUCAUCGAAUCAAAUAUAUUGUGGUAUUUACAGCGUUCAUCUUGCACGGGAGAGACUUUAAAUACGUUUAUCAAUCAAAUUAUGCGUCAAUUUCUUUUCUCCUCUGCAAUGGAACAUGCCAUUCCUUCGUAAAUGUUUAUAAGGUCCACAUUGAACUGUUCAACAGGUAUCGAAGCACCCGUACGUGACGGAAAAUGAGGCGUGCAAUCCCGUGAUCUUGGAGACAAGCGCGUACCUACGAGACGUGCAAAUGUCGAAGGAAGAAGACAAGGAAUUCGUGACACCAAGCAUUGCCCAACCGCGAAUCCCACAGGACAUUCUGUUUUCUAUUGGUGGGUAUCAUGGCCAAAGUCCGACAGUUGCGAUUGAAACUUAUGACAUACGAGCAGGCCGAUGGAGUGUGUUGGAGCAGGUCGACUCGAUCGGUCCGCGAGCCUUCCAUGGCACGGCAGUAGUCGGUUUCGACAUUUACGUCAUCGGUGGUACCGACUGCGGCAUUGAAGAAUUACGCUCAUGUCAUUGCUUCAACGCUGUUACGAAGACGUGGCGCGAGGUGGCGCCUAUGCAUGAACGCAGAAGGAACUUAGCUGUGACAGUUCUGGGAGAAAUGGUGUAUGCCAUGGGUGGUCGUGGUUAUGGUCAGCAACACGAAACGGUGGAGCGAUAUGACUACAAGACGAACCAGUGGUCUUUUAUCGCUCCUAUGAACUCGCAGCGGUGGAACACAAGUGCGGCUGUGCUAAAUGACAAAAUAUACGUCACUGGUGGAUAUUCUAAAUUUUAUAAUUAUUUGAACACGGUGGAAGUGUAUGACCCAGUCACCAACCAAUGGACGCUCGUUGCAAAAUUGCAUUCUGGACGUGUAGGUCAUUCUUGCGCCGUCUUCCAUGACAGUCUGUACGUCCUAGGUAAGAUUUCUAGAUAUCCUGAGUGAUGUUCCUCUAUCCUACUUAUAGAACUUAUUAUUGUGCAAUGUUUUCCUAGUUUUCUUUGAGUGCUUCAGACUUUAUGAACAGUACGGUAAGUUUGUCAGUAUUUUCUUAACCCCGAUUCAUGGUUAGAAUAUAUUUUCAACAACAGAUAAUCUCUUGUGGGAUCUCAACUACGCAUGCCCCAUUUGUCACAAAG